AUGCCCAGCGACAUGAGCACCCCCAAGGAGAAAAAGGCGGUGAAAAUCCGGAACCUUUUUGGCCGGAUAUUCUCGCCAUCCGAUAAAACGGCUGAGAUCUCGCCGAAUAGCGGGGUGUCGAUAGGAAAGCCGUACAAUACAGUACACCGAAUCCACGUCGGCUACGAUGGGCAAAAAUUCAGCGGGCUACCCCAGCCGUGGAUGGACAUGCUGUUGAGGGAUAUUAGCCUUGCCGACCAGAAGAAAAACCCCACCGCCGUCGUGACCGCUCUUAAAUUCUACGCCGCCAGCCUCAAGGAGCACGAGCAGGCCAAGUUCAUGACGCCGAAAAGCGUAUACAUGGCCUCAGAUGAGGACGACGUCGACAUACAGCUCGACGGCCAGGUCACUGAACAUCUACGGGCGUUGGAUCCUCCUCCUCGAGCAGCACCCGAAGUGUCCCCAGCUCCUCCACAAAUCCCUCGCUCUCGGAAAGAGACG